GAUGCUAAUUUGUGUGUCAGAAGCUUUUUGACCUGCACAGGAGCUAAAAGUCAGGAAGAUACUCAUGGUCACUCUCUGAUUUAACUCCACUGUGAGUCAUUGACAGCAUGACUGUAUUUCAUCACUGUGAGUCAGAAGAGUUUAUCAAAGAGGAAAAGGAAGAGGUAGAGCUCUUUGUUUUAUAAAAAGUAUUUAAGAGCGCAAGAUAGAGACACAAAAUCAGACACGACGGAAGAACUCACUGCAUCUCUGACUGCCAAAGAAGUUAUAGAUUCACAGGAGCAAGAGUUUUAUCAUCAGUGAUGAUGAUGAAGACCCUUCUCUUCUUCACAAUCUGCCUGAUUAAAGAGAUGUGUUGUGGGACAUCAGAGGAACAGACUGCUUAUUUAAGAGGAACUGCUGUCAUUCGCUGUGAAUAUCCAGAGAGAUAUAAAGAUUGUAUCAAGCAGCUGUUUGAACUCCAGAAUGGAUCACUACAAUCUUAUUUUACACAUGGAAGCAAUCCGAGAUUUUCUCUGGAUGAGAGCAAACAGGAGCAUGUUUUUACUGUGACUAUUGCUAACGUGAGCAGACAUGAUGAUGGGGUGUAUCUCUGUGGAGCACACGUGAAAAACAAUCCUUCAAACAUCGGCUACAGUCUGCUUUUCACAGAGAUUCAGCUUCAUGUUACAGAGCGAAGAGAUGCUUCAGUACAGUCUGCCGGAGGACUGAGUGUGUUGUUGCUCAAGCGGAGGUGUAAAAAAACACAAGGCUCAGGCUCAUCAGAUCAGAGGAACACAGGAGAUGAUGAUGAGGUAGUUUCAUCUGCUUAUUAUGCAACGAUCCCAGACUCUGGAAACACAUCAUUACACCCGUCUGCUCAGAAACCUAUCAGAUUAAACACAGUUUAUGACACGGCACAUUUACCCAAAAACCCCUCUGACAAUGAUUUCUACACACUGGCUUGGAAUAAAAAAAAAAAAUGA